AUGGACAAAGAGCACCAUAUUGAAGUGUUAAGCUCCUCGAGUUUGGGUUCUAGCAGUGGUACUUCUGAAGCUGAGAAAGAAUCUUAUGUCUUCAAAUCAGCAACUAGCCUAUCCACAAGGACUGUGCCUAUUGCAAGAAAGCCCAGCAUACCCGACAGCACCCCUUCAAGAAGACCCUCUGUAGUGAGACAGUCAUCUACAGAUAUUCUACAGAGCAAUGAUAAGCUCUUCAAGGCUUCCAAUCAGUCCAAGUUUUGGCAGCAUGGCUUCCCCUUGCCCCAUACAGUAUUGAAGUAUAAACCUAUCAGUGAUAGCAGUAAAGCGAAUACUUUAAGUGAUUCUUUAGCUCGACAAAAUUUUGAUCCUAUGUUGUCCCUUGAGCCUGUGGAAUAUAUACAAUACGAAAAUAUCAAGAGAGAUAGGUUGAAGAAAGAAUUGCUUAAGAAUAAAGACCAUGUAUCAGGGUUUCCAGAGAGCAAUUCAUCUACCGAGAGCAAACUCGACGAGGCAGUGAAGCAGAAAGACUUUGAGAUCUUUGGUAAAAAUGAAGAAGCUCAAGGGUUUCAAGGAUAUUAUUCUAUCCCUAAAGCUACUAUGAAUGCACCUGAACCUCCUAACAUUGCUCUAAGACUGGAAUGGGAUAACACUGCUCAGACUGGAGGGAAAGAGAAAGAAGAAGAAAAGAAUAAAGAAGAUACACACCUAUUGCCAGAGUUUUCUAUGAAAAUUCUCCCAACAGUAGUUUACCAUUGUUUUCACAAUUCUCCCAUUGGAAGUUUUGUCUUCGGUGGGUUGUAUACGGAUCCAAAUGUCGAUUUCCAGUCCCUAGGAAUUUCCUGUGAUGUUGAACCGGAAAACAUUUCUGUUCAUUUCCCCUGCGAAUUGCCUCCACAUAUCGAUAGAGAGAUUAUAAUGAACCCAUAUAUGAUUAUGAAUCCUCACUUUUAUCGCAUUAAACCUCAAACUGGUACCAUCACACUUUUGGAUAGUUUCACUGGUCUGCGACUUCCUAAGUUUUGUCUGAUGUCCUCAGUUAAAAUAUCUAAGAGACAAAUUUUCUACUAUGGAGGAUUUCUGGUCGAAAAUAUAUCUAGUGAGUAUCUACCAGAUAGCAAUAGAUGGAUAAUUGAAAAGAGGUUGGUCCUCAAUACUGAUGGAUACAUACUAGAUAUUUUUGACUUGACUUUCCAAAAGAUUACUUUAGAGUCUAGCGAUGGGUGUGUUGUUCGAGGAAGAAUUGGCCAUGCUAUUGCGGCAAGUUCACACGACGAAUGGAAGGAUCUUUUGGCUAUGUCAGGUGGAGACAACGAUGAUGCAUUUAGCGAUAGAGCUAGCGGAGAAGGUUCUAACAACUCUCCUAUAUUCAAUGAUGGAAGUAGUCAUCAUUCGAGUGCGUCGAACUUGAACCUAAACAAUGUACCUUCUAGGUCAACACCUAAGGCAGCUCCCAACUUUAUAAAGUUGCCCGUUUCGGGGUCUGUUACGGAUUCAAUUUCUUCUGUUACUGCUUCAGCUGCGAGGACCCCAUCCACAUACUAUGAAGAGAAAUCUACCACUUCUUCCUUUGUCGAGCAACCACAGCCAAGAAAGCCUCAUUUGCACCAUAUUGCCUCAGAACUGUAUACUGCAACCAAAAGCGAACCUCCCACUCCUCUUUCGUUACCUAGUAACCAAAGUAUUUUGACGAAGACUCCCAGCUUAUCUAAAUAUGAUACAGGGUCUUCACUGAGGUCAACGAAUCUGAGCAGAAGUAAAAAUUCAGCUCCUGCUCAUCUGUCUCCGACCUUGUCUAAGAACAUUGGGAGCGUGUUACUGAUGUCUUCAAAACUUUUUCAUAGAAAUCAUCAAAGGAGUGCUUCUUCCAACCCUCAACAACAAACUGUACAUCAACAGCAGCAACAACAUCAGCAACUGCAACUGCAGCUGCAACAACAAUCUCAAACUGUAACAUCAGCGCAUCAAUCAAAUAUGCCUCCUCCUAAUGCUUCAAACACUAACACAUCAUCAAGUUCAAACUCAUCAGCUACCCAAGGCAGUAAUUUUAAUCUUUCGAGUACAUACUCAAAUCAGGUCAAGCAACAUAGAUCAAAUUCAAAUCAAAGUAGUGGAGGAAGUAGGCCCACAUCGCCUAUAGCCCUGCCUUUACUGCCAAAUGCACAUGCAAAGCCAUUUACUUCAAGACUUAUCACAGAAACAUCACAGGUACAAAGUUCAAAUCCUAGGAAAGAGUACGAAUCUAAUAAGGUGUCACCAAAGGCUAACAAAAAAUCUUCCACAAAAGCUGAAGAGUACUUGACAUUCAGUCCUGUAGUUGGCCCAGUAAAACAUCCUGCUAUUAAAAACAUUUAUGAUGAAAGCGAGAGUGAAAAGUCCUACGAUUUCGAAACCAUAUCAGUAUUUAUUUUUGGGGGAUUUGUCUCUGAUAACCUUGAUCUGAAAUAUGUGUCCAGGUUUCUUGCAACGGAUGAUUUAUUUAAAGUUCUGUUGACAGUUAAAAGAUUGUACGAUGAUUUUGUUGACUUCAAAGAUCUGGCAAUUCUAUAUGAAAUGGGAAAGCAUGCAGAAGAAGGAAACUUUGUACAUGGAGAUUUAUGGCCAAGUCCUAGGGGAUACUUCGCUAGUGCUAUUAUCAAUGUGAACUCCACCAUUGCAGACAACUGUCAAAUAAAUUUGUUCCGUAGUAAAAGUGGCCAGAGUGACACUGCAGUCUACGAUUAUGGAGAUGAAGGAGAAAGAUUUUCCAUUAAACCUGGUAGAUCACUGUCUUCCUCCUCUUCAUCGUCAUCGGUAUCAUCACUAGGAGGGUUGGAAACGAGUGCAAGUGAACCUCAGAAGAAAACGCUGAUUACCGCAGGUUCGAAAAAGGUCCUGAGAGCGUCGGAGUCUUAUUUCAAAGGGAAAGCUCUCCUCAUUCAAGGUGGAUGCAAUGAAGAAUAUGAAACGUUUAGCGACUUUUAUUUGUAUGUGUUUGAAACUGGGAAAUGGCAAACUAUGUCAACGUACGCUUAUAAUUACUUUGACUAUCCAUUGCAACCACAUGAAGAUGAAGAUAUCAGCAAACUAACCCAGGAAAAUGCUAAAGAUGAAUCAGAACUCGUUGAGGCCGAAUUAAGGUCGUGUCACCAUCAUGCCCUAUAUUAUCAGAAUGAAGGACGAGACUAUCUAUUCUUUUUAGGAGGACUUAACAAUGAUUAUUUAAGGAAGUUUGACAACAAGGACAAGCCGUACGAGAGUGAUAAGUUCGACGUACUGAGGUUGUCGAGAUUCCAGUUUGCCAGCAAAAAUUACUUCGUAUCCAGGAUCAUGGUAUUGAACCUUCAGACACAAACAUGGAGGUUCUUAAGAUACUACUAUAACAUCAACCAUGUUAUGAAUGAGAAGUUCAUGGACAAGAUACUUCGAAACCCGAGCUGGAUCAAUGCAAGGAUUUGUAAUUUGGGAGGAAGUUUUACGAUAGUUGGCAAGACAAUCACCAUUGGGCAUGGGUUAAUGAUUCCAGUGCCAGAAAAGAAAGAGGAUUUUGAAAAGUUGAAAGGCAGCUAUCCUACCAGUAACCUUCUAUGGGGAGGAUACUUCUCGUGGACAUUCCCCGGACUAUAG